GUUGGUAAAGGGAAGGUUUCUUAUCAUGAAUGAGCUAGGAAAGCAAAGCAAACGACUCCAACAUGUGAAAGCAAACCCAACAAGCAAAAUUUUUUAAAAACAAAAGGAAAAGGAGAAAAGCAUAAAUCAUUAUCAUCAUUGUUAAAGCUUCCCAUCAAAACCCAAACCUCAUCCCUAACAAGCACAAGCUGAAAGUUUCUCUAAUCAUUUGUCUUCCAAGACAAACUUUGUUCCUUUGAGAGAGAGAGAGAGAGAGAGAGGAUUGUCUCAGAAUUUCUCGCUUUUAAUAACCUCCCUCUUCCCUUUCUCUUGGAGUUUUUUUAUGUAUGAAAAGAAAUCUGUAAAGGGUUGAGGAAGUGAUAUUAUUGAAGAUAAUUUGUGGGUUUUGGUGGUUUUUGAGUUUGUGAGAGAUUGCACAGUCAAGAUGUUGGGGUGUGAAUGUUUUUGUUGGCAAAGACAUACUGAUCAUGAGUUGCCUUUGCCUUUGCCUCAGCCUCACCCUUUUUCUUUGCCUUCUCCAAUUCCAGAAUGGCCUCCAGGUCAAGGAUUUGCUACUGGGAAAAUAAACCUAGGAGAAUUAGAAGUGGUUAAAAUUACUAAGUUUGAGAGUGUUUGGGGCUGUGAUUCGUUGCAUGGCAAAGCAAAAGGUGUCACAUUUUAUAAACCAGUGGGGAUUCCGGAUGGAUUUUUCUGUCUUGGUUAUUACUGUCAGCCAAAUGACCUGCCGCUGAGAGGGUAUGUUCUUGUGGCUCGCAAAAGGGUAGCUUCCGGUCCAGAAGUUUAUUGUGACUAUGACUCUGAUUCAGACCUUCCAGCGCUAAGAAAGCCUGUUAACUAUUCAUUGAUUUGGAGUGCAGAUUCACAUGGUAAUGGUUGUGGCUUCUUCUGGCUGCCAAACCCGCCAGUGGGUUACAAAGCAAUGGGAAUUUUGGUUACGGACACCCCAGAGGAGCCUAAUGUGGAAGAAGUUAGAUGUGUCCGAGAAGACCUUACAGAGACUUGUGAAAUUAGGGAUACCAUACUUGCUUCUGAUACAAACACAUUUCAUGUUUGGAACACAAGACCAUGCAAAACGGGAAUGUUUUGCAAAGGUGUUUCUGUUGGGACAUUCUUCUGCAGCACAUACUUUGUAUCUGAAAAAGAAGAGUUAGAGAUUGCAUGCUUGAAGAAUCUUGACCCCACACUACAUGCAAUGCCAAAUUUAAACCAAAUUCAUGCUCUUAUCAAGCACUAUGGCGCAACUGUUUUCUUUCAUCCUGAUGAAGAUUAUAUGCCCUCAUCAGUGCAAUGGUUUUUCAAAAAUGGGGCCCUUCUAUACAAAGAAGGCAAGCUUAAAGGUGAGCCUAUUGAUUAUUGGGGCACUAACUUGCCUAGUGGAGGGACAAAUGAUGGUUCAUUUUGGAUAGAUUUGCCAGGAGAUGAUUAUGCGAGAAAUAAUGUUAAGAAAGGGAACUUGGAGAGUGCAGAGCUCUAUGUUCAUGUAAAACCAGCAUUGGGUGGAACAUUUACUGAUAUUGUGAUGUGGAUAUUUUGUCCCUUUAAUGGACCAGCCAACCUUAAGAUUGGUUUAAUGAGUAUACAAAUGAACAAACUUGGGGAACAUGUGAGCGACUGGGAACACUUCACUCUCCGCAUAAGCAACUUUACUGGAGAACUGUGGCAAGUAUACUUCUCACAGCAUAGUGGUGGUGAGUGGGUUGAUGCUUUCAACUUGGAAUUUAUUGAUGGUAAUAAGCCAAUUGUUUACUCAUCGCGACAUGGGCAUGCUAGUUUCCCGCAUCCUGGGACUUACCUUCAAGGGUCAGUUAAACUUGGAAUAGGAAUUAGGAAUGAUGCUGCCAGAAGCAAAUAUUUUGUGGACUCAAGCACUAGGUAUCAGAUUAUUGCAGCUGAGUAUCUUGGAGAUGAAGUAGUUAUAGAGCCAUGUUGGUUGGAGUACAUGAGAGAGUGGGGUCCAAGGAUAGUAUAUGAUUCACGAUCUGAACUGGAUAAGAUAAUUAAUCUGCUCCCAUUGUUUGUUCGAUUUUCAGUGGAGAACAUUUUUGACCUGUUUCCAACUGAGCUUUAUGGUGAGGAAGGGCCAACUGGACCGAAGGAGAAGGAUAAUUGGGUAGGAGAUGAAAGAUGUUAGUUUCGAUGUGUAACUUUGCACGAAGUCCAUACGUUCCCUGCUUUCUUGUAUACAGUCAUACUGGGGAUGGUUUUAGGUGUACUAAUGGAACUGCAAAAAGUAGCUUGGUGAGUUCUUUCCCGUGUAAAGUUGGCAGAAACAGUGAUCUGAUUUCUUCUUCAAGAACGAAGGUUGCACUCCUGGUCCUGGCACAAUUUGGUUUGUGGGCAACAACACUCACACUUGAGUCAAAGGCGGAGGUACUAUGCAUCUAUGCAGCAUUCUCGUACUAUAUACAAAUUCAUUUAGGUUCAUAGAAAGUAGGUUCCAGUGCAACCGGAGCUCUAGCUGCACUUAGAUAAAGAAAUUCUGCAGCUAUCAUUCAUUGUAGUUUUAUUCUUAAAUAUGGUCUUAUGCUUAUAGCUCCUCUACUAGUUCUUGUUCUUGUAGUUGCAAGUGACUUGCCAUGAAAUCCAAGAAUUUCAUGUCUAAAUUUGAAUUUGAAAAAAGGAAAAAGAAAAAGCUAAAGCCCUUAAAAUUUCUGUCAAACCUGUUGUGUUUGGGCAGUUCUUGUUGUCCAUGUUUUUUUCAUGUCUUAUUCAGUAAUAUAUAAGUUAUGUAUUACAUGGCUAUUGUGCAUAUAUAAAUC